AUGUCGCUCGACAGUAUGUUUUAAUUAGUUUCGUACUUUAUAAGUGUUUUUAGAGCAUUUGUUCGAGCUGAAAUUUGCUGCAAAGCAAUUGGAAAAGAACGCACAGCGGUGCGAGAAGCAAGAAAAAGUUGAAAAGGAUAAAUUAACUGCUGCGAUAAAGGUCGGAUUUUUUAUUUUCUUUUCAGUUUUGUUUGUUUUUAAUGCUUGAUAUGUCACAUACAAAAACUUAAUAUCGAAAUAAUGAUUUAUUAACACCAACAACAGCGUACUAAAUGAUGAAGAGCAAAUUUUUUUUUGUUUUUGUUUAAAGCUCGUAUCGGAUUUUGUUUAUUAGAACACAAUAAUUAUGAAAAUAAUUAUUGGUUUUUAAAAAGAUUAAUAAAAUUCUUUAUCCACAACAGGUGAGUACAAUGGUAAAUUUUUUAAUAUUGUUAUUGCAACCGUGUGACCUAAAAAAGAAUUUUAGUGUUUAGAAUUUACAAAUUUGUAUGUAUUUCUAUGGAAAUAUAAUGAUUGGACAUGAAAACCCUAAAUAAAUAAUAAUCAUUAUUUUUUUAUGAUUCUGCUUUAUACUACUAGGCGGCUUUGAAGAUUAUCCUGAAGUUUUCAGAAAGGCAACCGCGAAGUUGCUCAGGUCCAUGCUGAGAACGCUAUUCGUAAGAAAAAUGAAUCGGUGAACUACAUUAGGAUGGCCGCGCGCAUCGAUGCCGUAGCUGCACGGGUCCAAACGGCGGCGACACAGGUUGUCAUUGGAAAAGUUGCGAAUUAAUAUGGAGAAUUGCAGAAACGCGUCACGAGUAGUAUGAGCGGAGUCGUGAAAGCCAUGGAAAGUGCAAUGAAGAGCAUGAAUUUGGAAAAGGUACUGCUUGAAAUUUUCGUGGACUAGUCUGCCUAUUCAUCCAAUUAAGUUAAAUUUAGUUAGCCUUAUAAUAAAAAAAUUUUCUCCAUGGAAAUCACUAAAAAUUUGUAACCUUCCUAGGGGAACUUACCAUCACAAUGUACUGCUAGUGUCUUGAUUGAAAACAUUUUAUUUCACGCACACCCGAAAGAAAAUUAUUAAUUGCGGGGGUAUAUGAUUUUGGUGCAUUUGAAUUUUCAAUUUUUGAGGUUCAACAACUGAUGGAUCGUUUCGAACGAGAUUUCGAAAAUCUGGACGUUCACACGGCGACAAUGGAAAAGACUAUGGAUGGAACGACUGUUCUCAAUGCUCCGAAGUCGCAGGUUGACGCUCUGAUUGCGGAAGCCGCUGACAAAGCAGGGUGUGUUAUUUUUUAUGUUUCAUUUUGUACAGGGCUGAUAAUUUAGAAACGUUCUUCGGUUAUUUAAUGAACAUUUCCAACUGUUUCUAGACGCAACUACUCUGGUUAACUAGAUUAAAAAGUCCUUAUGAAAAUUGAAAAAGUUUUUUUUUUCAAAUAUAAAAAAUAUCUCAUCAUUGCAGAGAAAAAUUCAGAAAUCAACUUAGAUUUAUCCAUCUCUUCAUUAAAAAAAAGCUUUUGGAAUUGGAAAACAAAUGGAUGGUGCAAUUUUUGAAUAGAAAAAGUAUAUUCUGCUAGUUUUGGUAGUGAUUGAAAUUUGCAAGCUAUCAACUUGUUAGUUACAGAAAGGGGUUCAAUGACCUUUUUUCGAAAAAUUUAAAAUUUGGUGAAUCUACGAAAGUAUUGCAGUUAGUUUUUUUUUUUCAAUUGUAAAGAGUUGUUUUAACCGUUAUAUUUGUUUAUCACGUAGGGUAUCAAUUUUCUGAGCUCGUGUACAUGAAGGCAAAAGCGGUUUUUUAAUGAAUAUGAAAAAUUUCUCAAACACGCUGAUCACAAUGGACUCAAUAUUUUGGAUGUAAUUGUAUUUCAUGAGGGUUCUCUAUAAUGGGAGAUCAUAGUGAUCACCAAAAAUAACCUGCUAAUGCAUGGGAGAGAAUAUUCUAAUUAUUGAUGCUUUAUUUCAACCUCCAUGAAACAGUUACUGUAUCGUAAGGAAAAAUUGGUUUGCAGCAUUGAACUCAACCAAGAACUGCCUUCCAACGUUCCGACUUCUCUGCCGGCCUCUUCGGCCACCGUUGGCGAAGACUCGGCUCUCACGGAACGCCUUGCCGCCCUUCGCAAUAUGUAG